AUGAAUUACUCUAAACACUUCCUCGGAGAGUAUUCUCUGCUUCCCAUCCUUCCUCAGAUCACAUUCUACGAGGAAAAGAAUUUCCAGGGCCGCUGCUAUGAGUGCAGCAGCGACUGCGCCGACCUGCACUCCUACUUCAGCCGCUGCAACUCGGCGAGGGUGGAGAGCGGGGCCUGGGUGCUUUAUGAGAAACCCAACUACAAGGGCUACCAAUACAUCCUGAGCCCAGGGGAGUACACAGACAACCAGCAAUGGAUGGGAUUCAACGAUAGCGUCAAGUCCUGCCGCGCCGUCAAAAACGUGUAUGGCAACGUGUGGAAGCUGAGGCUGUACGAGAGGCCAGACUUCGGUGGUCAGAUGGUGGAGUGGGCCGAGGACUGCCCCUCGGUCUACGAGGCCUUUAAGUUCCGCGAGGUGUACUCGUGCAUGGUGACCCACGGCGCCUGGGCCUUCUACGAACUGCCGAACUAUAGGGGACGCCAGUACUUCCUGGAGCGCGGCGAGUACCCCCGCCACACAGACUGGAGUGCCGCAUCUGCCGCCGUGGGCUCCUUCCGCAGGAUCACCGAGUUCUAGGGCUCUGUCACCUUUGACCUUUGAGUGUAGGAUCGAGUUGUUCUCUGGUCUUAUUGAGUCUGUGUGACA